AUGCGCCGUAAUCCGUCCCUUUUUCGGAGUAAAGUAGAAUUUAUUUCUCCAAAACCCGAGGGGCCGAUUGCAUCAAAAGAGUUCAAGUGUAUCUCACCGGCUUUAUUAUACCGCCAGCUUCUCAAACUGUAUAUACGCAAGUUUGACACGGACCACAAGACUAUAGUGGCGGCAUGGAAGCAAACCAAGUUUGAAUUUUGGUGUCAUCGUAAUGAUUCCCCCGAGGAAGCAGAGCUGCAAAAUAUCCGCGGCCAGCAAAUAUAUGAAGGUAUACGCGCUGGGCUGAUUCCUGUGUACAGCAAAGGCAAGUCCAAUGAGAUGUUCUUCAAGUACGACACCGACACGCUCAGGGCUUCUCACAAUCAUAUUGACCCGGUGAGUCUUGAGGAGUUCAUCCGUCGUUACCACGACAGGAUUCGGCCCGAGGAUGUGGAGGAGGUGAAGGCGACGCUGAAAAAGUUGGGCCGCUGGAACGGGCCUAACGAACUCAGUGAUAGUGAUUUGCACCGUGUAAAGCAUAAGGUGAAGCGAAAAACUAAGUGCACGGACAAUGAUGGAGCAUAA